AGGAAUUCUACGUCACUGAUGAAGUGGCAAUGAUGGAGGCUAGUCCGGAAUCAACAGCGAGUUCACUGCUGAAAUCUGAGUGCUACACCGAUUUCCUAAAAGAGGAUUUUGAUGUGAAGACGUACACAGCUCAAGCCAUUCAUCAUGCUGUCAUUGCAGAGCAGCUGGCGAAGCUGGCAGAGGGCAUCAGUCAGCUGGACAAAGAGCUGCACAGCCAGGUUGUGGCCAGACAUGAAGAUCUGCUAGCUCAGGCAACCGGGUUCGAAUCUCUCGAAGGUGUCUUACAAAUGAUGCAGACCAGGAUCGCAGCUCUCCAGAGUGCUGUGGACAGGAUAAGAACUAAAAUCGUUGACCCUUAUAAUAAGAUUGUGACGCGGACAGCCCAGCUCGCCCGUUUACAGGUGGCGUGUGACCUGUUGAGGAGGAUUAUUCGUAUCCUGUACCUGAGCAAGCGACUGCAGGGGCAGCUGCAGGGGGGCAGCAGAGAGAUCACGAAAGCUGCCCAGAGCCUCAACGAGCUGGAUUACCUGUCCCAAGGUGUUGAUCUGUCAGGUAUUGACGUCAUCGAAAAUGACCUGCUGUUCAUCAGCCGAGCUCGUCUGGAGGUGGAGAACCAAGCCAAACGGUUACUGGAGCAGGGCAUGGAAAUUCAGAAUCCGUCUCAGGUGGGGACAGCCCUACAGGUGUUUUACAACCUCGGCAAUCUGAGAGAGACCAUAAGAAGUGUGGUGGAUGGAUACAGGACAUCUGUGCAGGAGAAUGUUGUCAAUGCCCUGGACAUUAAAGUCCUUACUCAACCUGCCAGCACCAGAGGUGCCCCUGGCAGAGCCAUCAUGCCCACUCCAGGGAACACCGCUGCAUUUCGAGCUGCCCUUUGGACAAAUUUAGAGAAACUAAUGGACCAGAUCUGUGCAGCGUGUGGUCAGGUGCAACAUCUACAGAAGGUUCUAACCAAAAAGAGGGACCCGGUGUCUCAUGUCUGCUUUAUUGAUGAGAUUAUCAAGGAUGGGCAGCCUGACAUCUUGCACACCUUCUGGAGUUCAGUCACUCAGACGCUUUCCGAGGAGCUGCAGAAAGCCACAGCUGCAUCAACCUUCCUGAAGCAGGCCCUGGAGGGAGAGUACCCCAAACUCUUGAGGCUGUAUAAUGAGCUCUGGAAGAGGCUGCAGCAGUACAGCGCGAGCAUACAGGGGGCGCUAGUGAGCAGUGGUGCAGGUCUAGAUGUGGAACUGCAUCUGUCAGAGCAUGACACCGAAGAUCUGUUCACUCGGACCAAACCAGACUAUGAGUGAGUACUACACACAAGGGGAAGC